AUGUUGAGACAUUCAACCAAGUUAUUUGUCAAUCUUGAAAGAGCAGCAGGCUUAGGAGCAUCAUCAGCAUCAGCAUCAUCAGCAGGAACAGGUUCCUUCAUACCAAAACAAUCAGACACAAUGACUUCAUCAACAACUCCAUCAUACCAGAAAUCAUUGACAUUGGACAAUAUGUGCCCAACUGUACGUACAGCUCAAUAUGCUGUGCGUGGAGAGUUGGUGAUUAGAGCAGAGAAGUUGGUUAGCACUUUGGAUCGCCAGAAGAAUGAGGGCAUCAAGUUGUUGCCAUUCGAGGAGAUUGUUUACUGUAACAUUGGUAACCCACAACAGUUGAAGCAGAAGCCACUGUCUUUCUUCCGUCAGGUCGUCGCGCUGUGUGAGUGUCCCGAGCUGCUCGAGUCGCCACACAUCGACAAGAUCUUCCCAGCCGACGCCAUUGCCCGUGCUCGCGCACUCCUUGCCUCGGUCGGAAACACUGGCGCCUACUCGGGCAGCCAGGGCAUUGCCUCGGUGCUGCGCAGCGUGGCCAAGUUCAUUGAGAAGCGUGAUGGCUACCCCGCCGACCCCGAGAGCAUCUUCCUCACAGACGGUGCCUCUGUGGCCGUGCAGCGUAUCCUGCGUCUGCUGAUACGCGACCGUUCCGACGGUAUCCUCAUCCCCAUCCCCCAAUACCCACUCUACUCUGCCACCAUCGAGCUGUACGGCGGUUCUCAGUUGGGCUACUACCUGAACGAGGAGGCCGGCUGGAAGAUGGAGAUCCCCGAGCUGGAGCGCUCCUACAAUGACGCUAAGGAGAAGGGUAUCACUCCACGCGCCCUCGUUAUUAUCAACCCUGGUAACCCCACCGGUCAGACCCUGGACGCCGCCAACAUGAGCGACAUUGUCCAGUUCUGCCAUCAGAAGCGUCUGGUCCUCCUGGCCGACGAGGUCUAUCAAGAGAACGUAUAUUCGGAGAACAAGCCAUUCGUGUCGUUCAAGAAGGUCGUCAAGGACCUCGGCACCAAGGUGGAGGGACUCGAGAUGGUCUCCUUCCACUCCGUGUCCAAGGGCUUUGUCGGUGAGUGUGGCAAGCGUGGUGGUUACAUGGAGCUGUUUGGCAUCUCGCCAGAGGUCAAGUCGGAGAUCUACAAGCUCUCCUCGAUUGGUCUGUGCCCCAACGUCAUUGGCCAGCUCGUCGUCGACCUGAUGGUCAACCCACCACAAGAGGGCGAGGCCUCGCACAAGCAGUACAUUGAGGAGCGCGAUGCCAUCUACAACUCACUCAAGCGUCGUGCCAAUCUCUUGGCCACCGCACUCAACAGUUUGGAGGGCGUCACAUGUAACGCACCAGAGGGCGCUAUGUAUGCCUUCCCCCAGAUCCGUCUGCCACCAAAGGCCGUCGAGGAGGCCAAGCAGAAUGGCAAGCAGCCAGACGCUCACUACUGCAUCCAGUUGCUCGAGGCCACUGGUAUCUGUGUUGUUCCAGGCUCAGGCUUUGGUCAGCGCGAUGGCACCUACCACUUCAGAACCACUUUCCUGCCCUCAGAGCAAGCCAUCGAGGGUGUUUGCAAGAAGGUGGCUGACUUCCACAAGGCAUUCAUGGCCAAGUACAAGUAA